AUGGGGCUCUCUGGGGACUUAGAGCGAGGGCUGGCGGCGACCACUCUGCGACUUCUCAGCGUGGUGCUUCCGGCCGGCCGGGCCCCCACCCUGCGGCGGGGGAGGCGGAGGAGCCUGCGCCGAGGCCGCCGUGAGUCAGGCCUGCGCCGCCGAGCCCCGCGCGUUCCCUACCCGCAAGGUUCGGCCGAGGGACGCGGAUCGGCGGCGGACAGAGCGCGAAGCGGCGCGCGGGACGGUGCAAGGACGCGCGCCGAGCGCUGGGGUCCGCCGCCCAGGAGUCAUCAGCAGGCCCAGGGCCCCAGCCAGUGCCCAGCCCCGCUGGGAGCCCCGGCCAGCACCACGGACGGCACCCAGGAAGCCCGAGUGCCCCUGGACGGGGCCUUCUGGCUCCCGCGGCCCCCGGCUGGUUCCCCCAAGGGCUGCUUUGCCUGCAUGUCCAAGCCCCCCGCGCUGCAGGCUCCUGCAGCCUCUGGCCCCGAGCCCUCAGCCUCGCCCCCCAUGGCACCCACCCUGUUCCCCAUGGAGUCCAAGAGCAGCAAGACGGACAGUGUGCGGGCGGCCGGCGCGCCCCCCACCUGCAAGCACUCAGCGGAGAAGAAGACCAUGACCAAUCCCACGACGGUUAUCGAGGUCUACCCGGACACCAGCGAGGUCAAUGACUACUACCUGUGGUCCAUCUUCAACUUCGUCUACCUCAACUUCUGCUGCCUCGGCUUCAUCGCCCUGGCCUACUCCCUCAAAGUCCGGGACAAGAAGCUCCUCAAUGACCUGAACGGUGCGGUGGAGGACGCCAAGACGGCCCGACUGUUCAACAUCACCAGCUCGGCCCUGGCUGCUUCCUGCAUCCUGCUGGUCUUCAUUUUCCUGCGGUAUCCACUCUCCGACUACUGAGCGCCCAGCAUGUGGGCGGCCCGAGCACACCCGCUCGUGUCCAUGCCGGGUCAUGCCAGGGGUUGUGCUUCCGCCCUUGGGGUCUGGGAGGCCUGGAGGGAGCCGGCCCACCACUCCGUCUCCUGCCUCUGCCCUUGUGUGUGUGCGUGUGCAGGCCUUGGGCUGCCCCUGUACUGUGCACCCUGGCUUCUGGCGGCUGCCCUCUUAUACCCUCCCCA